AUGACCAAGAUGGCUGUCGCACCGUUCGACAACUCUCAUGGAGAUUCAGAUGUCGUCCUCCGGUCUGCGGACGAGGUGGAUUUCUAUGUGCACCGAAACAUCUUGCGGAUUGCAUCCGCGUUCUUUGCAGAUAUGUUCUCCUUGCCGCAACCUAUACAUCCCUCUUCGCCGGAUGUUGCUAACGACCCUAUUCCUGUCAUCCCUGUCUCGGAGAACAGCCAAAAACUCGAGGCUCUCCUGCGCAUGUGCUAUCCGGUCGAGAAGUCGAGGAUCAGCAGCGUACAGGACGUCUCACCACUCCUAGAAGGUGCGCUGAAGUACCAGAUGCGGGAGGCAACAGCGGCUUUGACCAAGAAACUGGCCGCUUUCUGCAACAAUCGACCUCUCGACGUGUACGCUGAAGUGUGUAGGAGGGACCUGAGGAAGGUCGCAAAGCAGGCCGCUGAUGCAUUUGCUGCGCCCCUCGUCGCCGUCACCAAGGUGCCGCGCGACGAGCCUGCUUUCGCAAUCGAUGACUUCACGCCGCACAUGGAGUCGAUCUCGGCGGCGGCGUACUUUCACUUGUUGGAGUAUCACAGCGGCGGGGGGGCAAGCAAGUCGAUGACUCUCUCGUUUGUCUCGUCUCGUGCAUCUGCAAGUGCGUCAUGUUGUUCAUGUUCCGUAUCCCGCGUUAACGCGUGCCAUAGACAGAGAUGA